AUGGAUUCCGCUCAAUCUCAAGAUUAUGUUCCAACUGCAAAAUUUGUUUCAGCCAGUGAAGAUGAGAUGAAAAAGAUGAGCUCUGAAGCGAAAAAACUUCGAGCAGGAGCGAUUAUAACGCUAGCGGACUCGGAUGUGGUUAAAACGAUUGCGGACAUUAUCAUACCCAAUAGCCACUACGUCAUUAAUUCGAUUAGUGCAAUAUUACAUAUGCUUGAAGAAGAAGAAAGAGAAAUUGAAGACAAGUUAAUUAUUGAAAAGAUUAAUCGAAGCCUCACAAUAUACGCAUUAAACGAUUUGGGAUCUGAAAUAAAGGUGAUUGGAAAUCGCGUUAAUCGAAUGAUGAAAGACGAUCUCUCCAUCGAGGAUCGAAAGCGUGAAGUAGCGCCUGCAUUCCACAGUUGCCAAAAGAUCCUUUGUAAUUUUGAUAAACCGGAUCAUAUCUUUUAUAUGCACCCGCUUGUCACCACACCGUGCUUAAUUGGGUUCGCUUAUUGUUAUCUUUCAGUAAUUACGAUUGGAACUUCUAUUGAUCCGUCAUAUAUAGACGAUGCCGUUAGUGAAAAGGAACAUCUCAAAAAAGUGUUGCAAACUUACAAAGAAAAUACUGUUAAGCUCAGACUCGAUAUGAUCAAACUUGUAAAAGUAAUCGAAAGUUCUUUCGAUCUUACCGCAGUUAAAGAUGACAUUGUGGAAUCCUUGAAAGAUAUACCAGACUGGGAUACGAUUGCAUUACCAGAUUUUAAAUGUAUACUUGAUUUUGAUACGGUUAAAGAGAAACUUCAACAGAAGAAGAACGAAUAUUCGCGUGUCUUCGAUGUUGUACAGGAUGACUUUGGAUAUGGAAGUAAGAAAAAGUAUACCUGGGAUCGUAAAGCUUGGGAUCGACAAAGAAACACGAACGAUAAUCUUCCAUAUUCAAUGGUAGUGAAAAUGGUAUAUGAGGAAUUUUUCGAUAUGGUAAUCGAUAGUAUUUAA